AUUUACUUUUGUAAAUUACCAACAAGGACCUCAAUAAGUGAACCUCCAUCAAGGUAAACGCAAGGGCAAAACCGUCCUAAUAUUUCCUUAUAUAAAAACCGAUCUUUUACUCCCUUCUAAAUCUUCGCCCAAGUGGAAGAAAAAUUUCAGCAGCAAACCGGAGCAAUUGAGCCCCACGCGCCGCCGCAGUUAACUGUACCGUUAACUCUCCGUCAACAGCACCGCGGCAUCUCAAUUCAUGAAAGAGAAAUCAAUAUUGUAAAUUUAAUAGUCUUCCAAUGGCUGCAUCGUCGCCGGCCCUAAGUAACCAUAGCGCCGACAACGCUGCGUCUCCGUCACCGUCACCGGCGACGGCAAAUGUUCCCUCCGUUAAUACAACAACCACUGCUGCUGCUUUGUCCAGCCUUCCGACGACGAACGCAUCGAAAAAUCUUCGAGGGCUUAAUAAACCUAAGUGCAUAAAGUGUGGCAAUGUUGCUCGUUCAAGAAAUUUUGAAGAAACAGGAUAAGAAAGAAAUGGAGGAAGAUGUCAUUGGUGAUGCAGACAGGUGUCCAUUCCAGUCAUGCAAAAGCUGCUGCGCAAAAGCGCAAAAUCCCUGUGUUAUACAUGUUCUGAAAGGUGGUUCGACUCUUCCAGAAAAGUUACCAGCUUCUGGGUCUCCUGUGGUGGACCAGCAAUCCACUGAACCAUCUCACUCUGGCUCGCACAGAACUGCUUCACUUCGUCAACUUUCCUCCAAUUUUGCACAGUUCAAUAAUUUGCAGACCCCACUAAGGUCGAGGAGGCCACUGACCAGAAAGGAUGCACAAGUCAUAAACGAAUGGAGGUUUAUGAAGUUAAAGGAAUACAGGGACAACAACAUUGCAGCUGAAAAUGAAGCUUUUGAUCGGUACAUGCAGAAUGUUGGUCUAUUAGAGGAGGUGUUUGCUGUGAAUUCUUCAGAGGAUGAGGAGAAUGAGGAUGGUUCAACAGAAGAUGAUAAUGAGGCAAUGAUAAACCGUGUGAAGUUACAGCUUAGAUCAGAUCCAACUAGAAUAGAGAAUACCAGAAAGAGGAUGCAAUAUGUUAUAGAUCAGGGGUUGAGGAAGCUGAGGAAGUUGGAUUCAGGCGACAAUGCUACUGACCUUAGUGAUCUAGAUGCACUUGGCAGAAAAAAAAAGGUCAAGACUGCUGAAGCUGAGCAUGUCAUGGCAUUCACUGAGCUUAUCGAUAAGUUGAAUAAAGCUCGAAAUGAGGAAGACCUGAAAGCUUGCUGGGAGAUGAAAUCCCAGCUGUUUAACCAACCUAAAAAAGAAAACCAAACGGAGUCUGAAGAUGCAGAGGCACCCAUUGAGCAGAGUUUGAAAGAUAGUGUCCCACCAACAAUGCCAUGGGGUCAUCCUCCACCCAAGUGGUUUAGCACAACUACUGUUGAUGAUGAAGAACUUUGUCGAAUUAACGCAGAGUUUGAUUCACUUGAGGAUAUAGAAGAACUGUAACUUUAUACAAUCUUUAGGCCAGGUUGUAUGUCUUGUAGUCAUUAGUUAGGGGCCUGAUUUCGCGGUCUGUUGUUUUAUGUUGUUAUAUAGUGCUAGUUAACGGUUGACAAGUUAUAGUGCCUGGUGUCCAGCUUAAUGGAGACCCAUUUUGUGGCAUUGGUGGGAAUUCAGUCUUCAUCAGCUAUUUUAGGUGGCUGUUUUAUUUCAUGCUAACUGGACUUUGGCCCAUAUAUGAAGGUCCAAUUCAA